AGGUACUAUAGUGAUCUGAUGAGUAUAAAUAAUGGAGAGGAUUAUAAUUUGAAUCAUCAGUUUUGUUCAAGAUACAUAUAUGGCAUCUUCUGCUAAUUUCAUAGUUUGUUUAUCAUCAUUUAUGCUUCUUCUUCUUCUUCUGCUUUCAAGCAGGAGUAAUGGAGCAAGAAUAGAGGCUGGAGGAGAAGAAUACAGGAGGGAAAGACUAACCAAGUUCAAUAAUGUGUUUGAGCCGAGGCCAGACAUCACCUCUUAUCCGGCUGCUGAUAAAAAUGACCAGCGGCUCUUUCUAAAGGACUUUGAGCCGAGGCCGGACGUGACCUCUUAUCCGGCUGCUGAUAAGAGUGGUCGACUCUUUGUAAAGGACUUUGACCCGAGGCCAGACGUCACCUCUUACCCGGCUGCUGAUAAGAGUGGUCGACUCUUUGUAAAGAACUUUGAGCCGAGGCCUGAUGUGACCUCUUAUCCGACUGCUGAUAAGAGUGGAAGGCUCUUUCUAAAGAAUUUUGAGCCAAGACCGGACGUCACCUCUUAUCCGGCUGUUGUUGAUAAGAGUGACCGACUCUUUUUAAAGGACUUUGAGCCGAGAUCGGUCACUUCUUAUCCGGCUGCUGUUAAGAGUGACCGACUCUUUUUAAAGGGCUUUGAGCCGAGAUCGGUCACUUCUUAUCCGGCUGCUGAUAAGAGUGACCGACUCUUUCUAAAGGAUUUUGAGCCGAGGCCGGACGUGACCUCUUAUCCAGCUGCUGAUAAGAGUCACCGGCUCUUUCUAAAGGACUUUGAGCCGAGACCAGACGUGACCUCUUAUCCGGCUGCAGAUAAGAGUGACCGGCUCUUUGUGAAGGUCUUUGAGCCAAGGCCGGACGUGACCUCUUAUCCGGCUGCAGAUAAGAGUGACCGGCUCUUUGUAAAGGUCUUUGAGCCAAGGCCGGACGUGACCUCUUAUCCGGCUGUUGAUAAGAGUGGCCGGGUCUUUCUAAAUGACUUUGAGCCGAGGCCGGAUGUGACCGCUUAUCCCUCUGCAUAGGGAGGUGUAAGAAGAUAAUACAAACCUACCUCUAUCAUUGUCUUUGUGUUCAUCUUUUGUGUUUGUGUGAUUAGUCCCAAAUGAAUAAAUGUUCUAGUGUUAAGUUGUAAGCGUAUUGAUCAUGUUCAUGUUCAUGUGUUCAAAUAAAAAAAAAAAGUAAUGAAACAUAUAUU